AUGAAGUUGUAUCAGAUUGCCGCUCUUGCAGCGCCUGCGCAAGCCGCACUACGCUUUGGAUGUUCGACUCUGAGUAUCCAGCGUCUCGAUCCGCUCGUUGAACCAGGGAAGCUACCGUCUGCUCACGUCCAUCAGAUUGUCGGUGGUAAUGCGUUCAACGCUACAAUGGACACGGAUCCAUCCAAACUGGCAUCCUGCACCACGUGUACGUUCUCGGAGGACUUUAGCAACUACUGGACCGCAGCCAUGUACUUCAAACACACCAAUGGCUCCUACAAACGCGUGUCCAUCAUGGAGAACGCCGCACUGCCCAACGGCAUAAACGGGGGCAUGACAGGCUUCCGCAUGACCGUCGGCUCCCCCACCACAAACACAGUCGAAGACGCAAAAAAGCACCCGGGCUUGCGCUUCGUCUGCCUCACGGACAAAAACACACGCUUCCCCGAAUCCCCCACCUUCCCCACCACGCCCUGCAAAGGCGGCAUAAUGACAGUCCACCACUUCCCCUCAUGCUGGGACGGCAAAAACGUCGAUUCGCCCAACCACCAAGACCACAUGUACAACACGGCCAAAGAAGCUUUUGCCGUUGCCGGUCCCUGUCCCGCCUCCCAUCCUGUGCGCAUGCCGCAGGUGGCGUACGAGACGCUGUGGGACACGACGCAGUUCAAAGAUAUGUGGCCAACGGAUGGGAACAAUCCUUUUUUCUUGAGUUACAAGGAUAACAAGGGGUACGGGACGCAUGCGGAUUAUCUGUUUGGUUGGAAGGGGGAUGCGUUGCAGAAGGCGAUGGAUGAUAAGUGUAUGUUUCAGGCGUGUGAGAAUGGGAGGCCGUUGAAGAGUCAGAAUGUUCAGGCGAUGAAUAAGUGUACGGUUAAGCCUUCUGUGCAGGAGAAUAUUGAUGGGUGGCUCGACCGUUUGCCGGGCAUGGCAAUGUGA